GUCAUACGGUUAUUCCGUUAUCGACUUCCUCGUUCCUUAUUCUGUUCCUUUUUUCCUCGUAGUGAGUACAUAAAUUCAGCGAUCAGAUGAUUGUGAAUUUCAGUUCUUCUCAUUUCAUCAGUGCUGUCUGUUGAGUUAUGUAGUCAGAGUUUUAAUUUGUGGUUAUAAUUUUAUUUACAUAGUUGAAGGAAUCCAAAAAAGUGAUUGAGUUAAUACGGUAAGAUAGGAGAACAUUUAUACAUUUUAAUAUUGUUGGUUAUGUGAUGAACUUUCGUUGUGAUGUAUAGAACUUUGAAAACAAAAGCCAUGUGCACCAAUUUUUCAAUACCGGUAGCUUUAGUCAAUUCAUGUUAAUAUAACACAAUUGAAUGAACUUUCAUAGACUGAAAUCAUUCAAGGUUGAAGUUUAGGUUUAUGUUUUCUUCAAGUGAAUGAAUUUUGUUAAAGUACAGUUUCGUAAUAUUUUUAAACAUUAUUCCAAAGAACUUUUCAUUGAUUUUCGUUCUUCAAUCGCUUCCGGACUAUCUAGAGGUAAUUGUUAUAAUACACAAGCAAAAACUCGAUUUUAUUGCAGUCAACACGUCGUUACUAACCAAACCUGCACAGUAAAAAGCAUGGAUAACAACGCGGAUGUAGAAAUGAAACCUUCAGAUAAUGCAAAAGUUACUUAUCUUCCAUCCCCGGUCAAGUCACCCAACGAUAAAAAGGAGUAUUCUGUGAUAAGAUUGAGCAAUGGAUUAACUGCACUAUUGAUUUCUGAUGUCACAAACAUUUUGAAGAAUUUAGGUUCUGGCGAUGAGGAAGAAGAUGCUAUGUCAGAGGGGGGUGAAAAUGCGAUUUCGGAUGAUGAGGGAGGUUCAGUGAGUACCACUUCGGAUGAAGCAGUAGAAAAUCCAUUUGGUAAUAAGGAUGCUGAAGAAAAACAAGCUGCCUGUGCUUUGUGUGUAGGUGUAGGAAGUUUUAGCGAUCCAGAAACCGCGCCAGGACUGGCUCAUUUUCUCGAGCACAUGAUAUUCAUGGGAAGUGAAAAGUAUCCAGCUGAAAACGAUUUCGAUACAUUCAUCUCGAAACGAGGAGGACACGACAAUGCUUCCACAGAAUGUGAGUACACAACGUUCUAUUUCAAUUGUCAUGAAAUGCAUUUACGAACAGCCAUGGAUAAGUUUGCCAAUUUUUUCAUUUCUCCGCUUCUUUUGAAAGACGCUAUGACAAGGGAACGUGAAGCUGUUGACUCUGAGUUUCAAAUGGCUUUACCUGUAGAUGAAAGCCGCAUGGAACAACUGUUAUGUAGUACAGCGAUAGCAACUAAUCCAGCCCACAAGUUUACUUGGGGUAAUUUGGUAACAUUGAGGGAUAAUAUAGCAGAUGACGAUUUAUACAAUGAACUGCAGGAAUUUCGAAAACGGCAUUAUUCAGCUCACAGAAUGACCCUGGCGAUUCAAGGGCGGCUCCCACUCAAGGUGAUGGAAGAUUGGGUUGUUGAGUGUUUUUCUGAUGUGCCCUGCAAUAAUCUACCAGCUGAUGUUUUUCCCUAUGUUGAUCCACCGUUCAAGCAUGACGAAUUCGGUAAUUGUUUUACUGUCAAACCAAUCAAGGAUGUCAACAAAAUAGAUAUUUUCUGGGCAUUUCCACCAGUCCUGCAUCUCUACAGGUCCAAGCCGAUGCAAUAUAUUGGAUACAUAUUAGGUCACGAAGGAAAGGGAUCCCUCAUCUCUCAAUUGCGGAAAAAUCUAUGGGCGUUGAAUAUUAAUGCAGGUAAUCAAGGUACUGGCCUUGAAAGCAAUACAAUGUAUUCAAUAUUCACGUUGUCAGUGAGUCUAACCGAAGAAGGACUAAAAAAUAUAGAUGAAGUAUUUAAACUGAUUUUCUGUUACUUGAAUAUGAUGAAGCUAACUGGCCCACAAGAACGCAUUUUCACUGAGCUCCAAUCAAUAGCUGAGAAUAGAUUCAGAUUUCAAGAAGAGAUAAGCAGUGCAGAUUAUGUUGAAAAUCUAUGUGAACAGAUGCAAUUCUAUAAACCAGAAGAAUACAUCAAUGCUGAUGAUUUAUUUUUCGAGUACAAACCAGAAGACAUAAACCUCAUUAUGGAUAAAAUGGAACCUGAUAAUGCAAUGAUUGUAGUAUCCUCUAAACUUUUUGCAAAACCUCUCAAACUAGACAAAGUUGAACCUUGGUUUAAAACUAAGUACAACAGGCGUCCGAUUCCCGAAUCAUGGCUCACUGAUUGGAAAGAAUUAAAUCCCAACGACUAUUUUUCAAUUCCAGAGCCAAACAUCUUCAUUACUGACAACUUUGACUUGCUUCCUCUACCAGAAAAUCUACCCGAGUAUCCUGAAAUAAUCAAGAAAGACGAAUACUUUGAACUGUGGUACAAACAGGACAAAACCUUCCGCAUUCCAACUGGAAUCAUCAACUUACUUUUGGUUUCACCUCUAGCGUCGCUGUCAGUGAAGAAUGUUGUCAUGAUGGACCUUUAUGUGUCAAUUUUGCGCCAACUUGUUAUUGAGGAAACUUAUCCCGCAGUUGCGGCCGAUCUCGAUUGUGGAAUGAAGGUAAACAAAAAAGGAUUUAUUCUGAAAGUGAAAGGAUACAAUCAAAAAUUGGAUACAUUGUUGGAACAAUUGCUGAAGAGUAUGGUCUCAUUCAAUAACAAAGUAACACUUGGAUUGUUCAACACAAUCAAACAAGAAAUGGGGAAAAGCUAUUCAAAUACUUGUUUGAAAACUGGAUUGCUGGGGAAUGAGCUGAGACUAAAACUACUCGUCGAAAACUCUUGGACUUCAAGUGAAAAACACUCAGCCCUUUCAAGCAUAACACUAGAAGACCUCACAGAAUUCGUUUCUGAUUACUUCAAGGAACUCUACAUGCACUCACUGGUACAAGGCAAUAUUUCCAAAGAAAAAGCGAUUGAAAUUAUUGAGAAUUCUAGGAAAAUUUUGGGGUACACUCCUGCUCUACAAAGUUCUCUACCAGAAAUCAGAGUUUGUCAGAUUCCAAUCGGUGAAAAAGUGUGUUGCUGUGAGGCGUUCAAUAAGAAGGACAAAAAUUCCGAAGUAAUCAACUACUAUCAGAUCGGCAUGAUCGAUUUGAAGGAGCAGUGCAAACUUCAGCUACUUAUGAUGAUCAUGGAGGAACCACUUUUUGAUACUCUCAGAACUAAAGAACAGUUGGGAUACACAGUGAGCUGUGCUCAGAAAGAUACAUGGGGAAUACACGGCUUUACAGUGAGCGUGAGCUUUCAGAUUCACAAGCACAGUGUCCAACACGUUGAGAAUCGCAUUUCCGGUUUCCUCAACUCAUUCAUGGACAUAUUGAAGGAGAUGCCCGAGGAAGAGUUUUUGGACACGAGGAGUUCGCUUGUCAGAUUGAAGCAGAACGUCGACGUGAACCUAGGCGACGAGGUGAAGAGAAACUGGGCCGAGAUUACAGACAAUUGGAACAUGUUCGACAGAGCCAAACGCGAAAUAGAGCUCAUCGAGACGUUGACACAGGAAGAUAUCUACAACUUCUUGGAAAACUGUAUAAAAGGUGAAGCUGAGUCCCAAAGCAUGCGUAAAUUAUCCAUUCAAAUUGAAGCUGUGAAUCUACAUCAAUCUGAUGACGAUCAACAUGACGACCAAGAAGAAGAUGCAAAUGAAGACGUGGAGGAACCCACAGUUUUGGAUUUGAUACUGAAGAAUUGCAGUCCUGACAGUAAUAAAUACAUCACUGACUUGGAUAAAAUCAAAAACAAUAUGUAUUUGUAUCCUUCUUGUCAUCCACUGAAAGACUGUUGAUGUUCAAUAAACUAAUUAUUAUCGAUGAAA